AUGCCGCAACGACGACCCCCUCAUGUCGUUUGCUACAUUUGUGGACGAUUAUACGGAACCACGUCAAUUUCACUGCACAUUCCAAAGUGCCUGGAAAAAUGGGAGAUGGAAAAUGCACAAUUACCGCGGCAUUUACGUCGUAAACCGCCACAGAGACCCACAGGAUGGGGAAACACACCAUUAUCCACUGACCCGCGGGAAAGGGCAGCUCAGUUGGAUUCCAUGAAUGAUAUAGCAUUCCAAGCUUCUCAAAGUCAGCUUGUUCCCUGCGAGAAUUGUGGCCGCACAUUUAAUCCUGAUCGGCUGCCAGUGCAUCAGCGAAGUUGCAAGCCUGGCAUUCCUCUCAAGCCUUCUAAGAGCUUUGAUCCUUCCAGGCUAGGAUCAGGGCGACAGGGGUCUUCCCCGUCGGGGGAUUAUGGCCGGAGGAGCCCUCAACCACCUAGGAAACCUAAGACCGUUGUUUGCUUCAUAUGCGGAAGAGAAUUCGGCACAAAAUCCAUAAGCAUUCAUGAGCCACAGUGCAUGAAGAAAUGGGAACUUGAGAACAGUAGGCUGCCAAAGCACUUGCGGCGACAACCACCAGUCAAGCCCAACAUUUUACCAAGUUUAUCAGGCCACAAUGGAAGUGAUUUGGAGCGUAUGAACCAGCUGGCAUUUGAGUCAUCACAGAAGCAGUUGGUGCCAUGUAGAAAUUGUGGUAGAACUUUUCUGCCAGACAGGCUGGAAAUUCAUAUGAGGUCAUGUAAACCUGGAAGCCAGACAAUGCCUCUGAGACACUCAGCAGGUGGGUUAAGGGAAUGACCCAUUUCCUUUCUAUUUUAAAUUUGGAAAAAGUUCUGUAGAGUAAAGCCAGUGGUCCUCGCGAGUUAAACAUUUGUUCGUCAACAAAAUAAUGUUGCAGCAUUCGUCCAACAAUUUUGAAGUAAUAUUUAUAUCAAAUACACAAGUGAUAAUUCCCUUGAUCCCUCUUCAUGAAUUAUUAACGAGUUUGAGAACAGUGUAGAAAGUACAUUUUCCCAAGUCAAAUGCAUGUCAUAUUUACCAAAUUUCCAAAAAAAUCCAACUACUUCUGAAAAGUUUCAAAGAGGUUCCAAUGACUUUCAAACACUACAGAAGAUUCCCAAAGAUCUCCAGCAGUGAUUUUUGAGGGUUGCAAAGCUCCAAAUCUUGGCACCAUCUUGCAAACCAUACCUUGGCAAGACUACCAAGGCAAGGUAUCAUGACACCUUAGAUUAUCACUUAGGAUUCAAAUGCGACAUUUAGUGCCAUUCACUGGACUGUUGUAACUAAAUUUUAAUUCAAUUUUUAGCAUUAAUGGUCAGUGAAUAAGCAAAACUCUUAAUUAUUGUGAGUUUUGCGUGUGAAAUUGUCCAGCUGUAUGCUUGAGUUCAACGUUUUCGAUCCAAAGGCAUGUGACACACAACUGAUCUUAGUUGGCAGGAAUGCCUUACUUUGUGUUUACUUAAUAUUGAAAUAAUGAGGAGGGAAGGGAGCCAGGGAGGGGGCGGGGAGUUGGGGGACAGAAAAAGUCAGUUGAACAUACCGUAAAAUUCUGAAAAUAAGCCCCCUCCAUGUAUAAGCCCCUCCAAAUAUAAGCCCCCCAAACUGAUGACGCAAAAAACCCUCUGUUAAAUCGCCCCUCCAAAUAUAAGCCCCCAGGGGCUUGUACUUGGAAAAUUGCCUUCAAAUACAAAGUAAAACAAAGCAAAAAUGGUAAAUUUACUUCCAACUAUAAGGCUAGCCCAAUCAAUUUUGAAAUGCAAAUUUCCGUCCGUAGAUAAGCCCCUCCGAAUAUAGGCCCCUCCAAAAAUAAGCCCCUCAAAAAGGGCCUUUGAAAAAUAUAAGCCCCAGGGCUCAUUUUCGGAAUUUUACAGUUGUUCAUGAGAGUUUUUUUUUCUCAUUCCUUCUUUGGGAAAGGAGCAAUUUACAGCAUUUAAUUUUACCCCUUUAGGCAGAAGACUGACCCCACUUAGCACCCCUGGUGGAAUGAGUGCUACACAAGGAGGCCAGCAUUUUCAUCAGAGCCCUUUAGGCCAAUAUGAAGACUACAAUCACAACAUGGGGCCACUAGAAAAGGACAAAACCUUCAUAAAAAGCAAGUCAUCCCCAAGCAGCGGCAAGAAAUCUACUCCUCCUGCAGCUUCUGCAAAUCGUCCAUCCAGGUUAAAGCCGAUGUCCAAUCCACACACACCAUCUCCUUCAUAUAAUACUAGGCACAGUUCUUCAGCUUCGUACAGCCAGCCAACAGAACAGUCUACAGAGCACGUCAGUCUUGUUCCUUGUCAUAAUUGUGGCCGAUCCUUUGCAGCAGAUCGCUUGGCAAAACACGAAUCAAUUUGUAAUAAGAGUGGAAAACAACGGAAGGUGUUUGAUUCCACCAAAAUGAGAACACAAGGAACUGAUGCAGCAAAGUACAACAGACCUGGAGCAAGGAAGGCCCCUGAUCCACCCAAAUCCAAAUCAAACUGGAGGCAAAAACAUGGUAAGAACUGCCUUUAUGUUCCAGCUUUUACUUUUGAUGGCAGCCUUUUAGUUCAAUGCAUGUAUAUGGAGAGUAUUUGAUCUUUGUAGUCUGGAGGUUUGGGUGCAAGCUUUAAACCUUUAAGUGCUAAAAGCCCCAUUAUCUGCAUACAAAUUCUCCAGACUGAUCUCCAUACAUUUCCUUAAAGACUGAGUGAAGAGAGUUUAAUUAUAAGAGAUCAAAGUAUUUUCCCUUUGGUGAUCACAUUAUUAAUUCUCAUAACCUUUUCUCUUGAUGAUGUAAGGAUAUUACUACUGAGAAAGCUUUGAACCCAGGAGUCAUUUCAUAAGUAGGUCGAGUAUGGUCCGGGUGAACGUAGUCCUGAAUAGGACUGUUGUUGUUGACAGUAACUGACGUUUCGACAACCUGUGCAGUAGUCAUCUUCAGAGUCAACAUGAGUUGUUUCCCACAGGGUCAGUCAUUGAGUGUUUUGUUAUACCUUCCCAACCUAAAGAUAAAAAAAAAUGUUUAAAUAAAAUUACUUAAAAUGAGUUAGUGAUUUUUUUUCCCUUUAGGAGUUGUGAAGUUUUGACACAGACAUUCUUGCCCACAGAAUAUUAUUAAUGUACUUGAUUUGGGAGGUAUAACAUUACCAUGUUCUUUCAUUAUUAUUAGUACUUCAGUGUAACAGUGCUUAUACUACUACAUGAGAAAUUUCUGCAAUUUGAUUGGCUUAGAGUGGUGGUAUUUCAGCUUAUUUUGAAAUACCUACAUGUGAAAAUUACAAAACCUUUGUGGGUGGUGGUAUAACCUAUACAAAUACUGUAACUGGGGCCACUCAGAAAAAGUUGACCAAUCAGAUUACAGGAAAAUACCAAUACAUUCGGAAAAAGUUGGUUGUAGGCCAAUCAGCAGCUCGUAAGAAAACAAUAAGUUACUUGAAGCACAACAUUUUCAAGAAAGCAAAAUGUUUCACCAGUAUUCAAAACUUUACCUACAACACCCUGGAGACAUAUAUUAAAAAUAACUGAAAAAUAACAGCUUAUGUCAAACAAGUUUUGUUUGACACGAGCUGUUAUUUUUUUGUCUACCAGCAGUUUCUUCACUACAAUGUUAUGCACAAUUGCUGCACUUUGCAAUAACAUGCGACUUCAAUUCAAAAAAUUUAUAACUAACAUUUUCUCAAGUGGGUUGAAAAGGUCACAUCUGUAGGUUGUAAUUGCUUGAUUUUAAUUCUUGUUGUUUAUUUCGCUUCAUGGUAAUUAUGAUGAUGACCAACUUUCUUGAAAUGUUUUGUUAUUUUUCUCUUAACCAAUUGGUCAACUUUGUCAAGGUGGCUCCAGUUAUAGUAUUCACACUAUAACAAUUUGCAAUGUUGGUCAUACUCCACAGCGGAAUUCAUAAAUGCCAUCAGAGAUGCCAAAAGAGUAACAGAGCACAUGAAGAAGGGUGGAAAAGCAUCUGAUUUACCUCCCCCUGUGCCAAGUGAGAAUCCAGACUAUGUGUUCUGCAGAUUCUGUACACGCCGCUUUGCACCUGAUGUGGCAGAGAGACACAUUCCUAAAUGUCAAAACACACUUAAUAGACCAGCACCUCCAAAACAGAGGGCAUUAGCAUUGCAGGCAAGUGGUGGUCGCUACAAUGCCAGGAAAACUUUUUCAAGCAGUCGAAAUCGCCGCUAGGUCUUGUGCUAUCACAAGGUGUAAAAUUGCCAGUCCUUUUGCAUGACUUUUCUGAUGUUGGCACUUACUCUUCCUACCUCACUAGCGACACAAAAAUCAGCAUUAGUUAAUGAUCAUGAAACAUGAGAUGAGAUCUAUUCUAGUCUCACAACUUAUCAGUCAAAAUGUGUGGAUGAUGAGUUUCACAGAUGGUGAUGAUCUCGUCAAUGCCAAUCACUCUGCCAUAGAGGAUGUUUAACGUUGCCACACCCAACUUUAUCUUUGUGUUAAUUGUGCUUUGUAAAUACGUUUUGGGCAUGAUUGUCAAAAAAUGCUUUCAAAUGCCACUGAAAAAACAUGUAAGUUAUAGAUAUAUAUCUCACAAGGGGCAGAUUACAGGCAGCCCAGGAUCCCCCAAAGGCAUCUCUGUUAUUAGCAGAUGGUAGUGAUUAUUAAUAAUAGUAAUACUUUAAUUAUCCUCUCCCCUUAUGGGGCUUUUCAGGGAUAAUGAAACAAAUGAUUUAAAUGAAACAUAACAUGGUUAAAAAUCCCAACCAGUAAGAGUCAAACCAGUUGGCUAUUUACAAACGUGGCCAAGGAUUUGAGCUAGGGACUGCCAAGAGCAAAUCCAGCUAGCAGCCAUAGCGGGACUUGAACUCGGGGCCUCCAAAUUACAAGUCCAGUGCGCUAACCACUCGACCAUGCUGCCUCCUGUGAUUGAAGUUUAUAUAGGAGCGACACACAGUUGGUAGUCAGUCAAUGGUCAAAAGUGUACAUAAUUUUUAAUGUAAUAUUUAUCUGUUCAUUUAUUUUAACAAUAAUUAACCAUUAAACAU